AUGGACGCAAAAAAGGGUGGUGAGCGCAGUACUGAAAGGUCCUUUGAGACGCAGUCCAUAACGGAGGAAAAUUGUGGGCAACAGUCGCAGUAUUUGAAUACAAAGGAAAGCUCACCCUUGUCAGCAUUCCAACUCCUUGGGAAGCUGAAGGCCGUUAUUAAUGAGGUGGCGUUGGCUUUAGAGAACCCUGCAAAAGCGCUUUCGGUGGACGACUGCAUCAGUAUCACGGAAGAGGGGUUGCGGGCUUUUAAAACCAUUAAAGUUGGCCGAAGGAUUGAUGGCCGUCGGCAACUGAACUUGAACUCCAGUCGCCUGAGUGGGGCUUCGCCGACGAAUCGCGAGGUGGGCGACGGUGAUCAUGCUGAGAGUGAUGCCGCGUUGUCGUCGAGGCGGCAGCAUCUGUGCUCACCAAACAGCAAAAAAGUUUCUCCGAAAAGAAUGGAGAGUGAGUACCAGCGACGCGACGGGAUUGAGGCGGCUCGGCAGGCUUCGGCUCUCCGCAGCGAGGAGCGGCAACGCAAGGCUGAGGAGCGGCGGCUGGAAAAGUUACAAGAGAUGAAGUCGAAACUUGUGGCUGCGGGGGAAAGAAGUUUUCAGGCGAAGCAACGCCGCACGCAGGCUGAGGAGCGGCUGAGGAAUGACACGCUUGAGCGACACGAAAACGGGGCUCGCCGUGUCGAGGAGGCACGAGAGCAGACGAAGGAGCGCGCCAGAAGGGGCCAUUCACGGGUGGAAGAGGUGCGACUGAACUACGAGCUGCGAAAUCAAACAAAAGCUCUUCUGCUUGAUCGCAAGAUGUCGGAGGUUGAACACAACCAAGAACAGAAGCGGGAAGAGCUUCAGCGGCAUGCGCAGGAGCGGAAUGAGGCCAUGCUGGCCGUCGCAGAGCGACGACGUAAUCUCAGCCAAGAGCGCAUUGAGCGGCAACAGCAGCGUGAGCAGCAACGACGAGAGAAUCUCAGACGCCAUGAGGAGCAGAAAAAACUUGAAAAGGAUUUGAAGGAGCAGCGGGCUGAAGAAUGGGAAAAGAAGGUGCAACAACGGCAACGAGAUGCGUGCGCCGAGGCAGAGGCACGCGGUCGGAAGGUUGAGGAACGUAUUCAACAAAGUGUACAUCUACGUGAAGAGAAGAGAGAGAUGUUGCGCCAGAAGCUUGAGAAACAAGAGCAGAAAAUAAAAGAGGCUCGUCAGCGCAAGGAGCGUGAGGCGGAUACCAAGCCCACCAUCAAGGAGCUUAUGCCAUUCAUCUCAUCGCAAGAAGAGGAGCAAUUGGCACAGAAAUUGGCGAAAGUUGUGGCUGUUACUGCGCGCCAAGGGAAGAGUUAUAUGGAAAUUUACCAGAAGGAAAGCACAAUGAGCGCAAAGGAUUUGAAUCGGAGCAAAUUGCGGUCUAUUAUCAGUCGUCUUGGCUCAAACACAUCAUCCGCUUCAUUGGUUCAAUGUCGUCAAUCGCUUCAUGACCUGCUGGGCAUGACGGAGUUCGCGGAUGUAGAUCAUGAAUAUGUACGAUAUUUUAACAGUUAUGAGAGUUUUGCCCGCGUUCUGAUGGAUUCUCGCCGGACGAGUGAUAUGGUGACUUUCCGUUUGGCCCAUAAUGCGCUAAUACGUUUUCUUACUGAUGCUAAUGAGGGGAAAAAACAUGUACUGAUGUUUAUUCGAUCAGGCAACCUUGCACCGCUUUUACUCUGCAUCCGUGAUGAGAUAAAAGGCCUAAAGCGUCACAGUCACUCUAUUCCACUUGCAGCCUCACUUGAAAUAUUACAACUUUGUUUUGAACGUAUUGCCAUAGAUGCUCAGACGAAUGUCAAACUUAUUACGGUGAGGGACCAGUUGUUGGCCGAUCUGGAUGCGGCAGGAAUCGAUAGGUACUGUGUCGCAGUCACACGGGCAUGUACAGAAGAGGAAGAUUUAGAGGUUGUCUACAGUGCGACACGGCUUAUACAUUCUCAGGUUUCCAUUUUGAGUAAAAAGAAGGGCGAUUGUCCCACUGUAUGGUUUCGACAAGUGGCAUGUGCAUUCUUUACUCUUCUUGAGAAUAUAUUGACCCCCGAUGGAUGCCCUUUGAGCGCGACGAGUACGUUACUCAGUGCACGACGCAUCACCAUCAUAUUUAUUGUUUUCCGAGUCUUGAACUCCCUUGCACGUUGGAGGCUGGAUAUUUUACAGGAGUUGCUACACGACGCUUCUAUUGAGAAGGGAGGAUCAAAUAUUCACGUAGAUCCGAAGGUUGUGUCGGAAAAAACACCAAAUGUGAUUACACUAACGGAGAUUUUUCACGUGCUUAGUGGAUUCUUUACAUAUGUUCAGACUCACGCCGAUCUGCUUGAAACUAUUCCAGGGGAUAAUACCGUUGACGAAGGUGUGCGUGGGUCCUUUGAAAGUGCAUUAAAGUUUGGUGUGACUUUGGCGCAAAUACCACCACUUCCGGCUUCGCAGCCCUCCAAUAGUUCUACAGCAGGGUUAACAAUGACGCCGUCUCGCCCACCGUACUACCUGCGGGCGGCACUCCACGAAUGUCUCCUCCUUAUCGGCUACCUUUGUGUGCAGGACAAGCAGAUCCAAGGUAUGUUUGCCUGGGGGAAGGGUAAAUCAUUGCUCUCUAGAAUUCUUUCUGCUCUACCAUUGCAGUACUUCACCUCGGCAUGUCACAUUCUCUACCCCACAUUACUGGCCAUCAUUGUGAACAUGGAGGACAACCUUACCUUUGCGAAAAGGGAGAUGGACAUUAAACCACUACUUAAACUUCUUGAGGAGGAGUACCAGGCGCUUCCAAAGAAGGCCAAACUCUAUGCCCUCCAACGACACGCGGAGCUGAAUCCAGUAACUAAGGAAGACCAAGAUAAACCUGAUCAGCCUGUGCGUUGGGUUGAUCUUCUUGGCGGCGAUGACGAUGAAUUCUUUAUCCAGUUGCGGCAAACGGCAGCUCCCGCACCUGCACCCACACCUGUACCGACUACUCUUCCCCUCUCCACACCUGAGAAGGAGAAGCUUUAUAGACAGCUCAAAAACCCAGGAUUGACACCAUCGGGAUACUUUAAAAUUGAGCGACGCUUGCCGUUGGCCCUUUGGCCGGCUGUGAUGGAGCAACUAACAAGAGCAGUCCAUGAAACAAAUAAGGGCGAGUGA